AUGAAUAAGAAUGAAAUAUUAUUAAAAAUUUUAAGAAAAUAAUUAUUAUAAUUAAAUUUUACAUUAAUUAAAUCAUUAUGGGAGGCUUUCAAAAUAAUUGAAAUUAUAGAAAUCUCAUAAAAUGAUUAAUGUUAUUGGAAAAUCUCAAGCCACAAACCCUUUAAUUAAAAUUUAUUAGAAUUGUAGUUGCAUUGUUUAGGUAUUCUAACAUAUAUAUAUACAUAUGAAGGAGCAUCAAGAUUUCUUAAUGGAUGGAGAUAUGCAUUACUACAAGCAGGAGUAUGCUCUUCAUUUUUUAUGAGAGAACAAGAAAAUUCUUAUAAUGAUUGGAAUUACCUUCAAGUCGAUUAGUUGUUCCAUUAUUGGCUAGUUCGUUUAGUAGAGCAUUGACAAUAACAAGUAAGAUAAUUGAAGUAUAUUAUUAGUGACAUUUCCUUUGGAAUAUUGGAAAGUAUUAUAAUCAUCUACAGUUGGAUAUUCUAAUUUGAAGAUCAUUUAAUUUGGUACUUAACUUCAGCUUAUUUAAUAACAAUUUAAAGAGAUAUUUUAUUAUCUUGCAUUUACUGAAGCUUUCUUGAAAAUUUAAAAAUAGAAAUAGGAAAGAUUUUAAUAUGCAUAAGGCUGUAAAUCUUUUAUUAGCAAUGUUAGCAAAUAGUUUUACUGCUCCAAUGACAAUUCCUUAAGAUAUAGUAAAGAAAAGAAAACAAGUCAGUAUUGGAUCAGGCAGAUAAAUGGCAUCUAUGGAGAUUUUAUAGAACAUAUAUAAUGAGGAAGGUUUGAAAAGAUUAUUUCAGGGAUAUUAACCUAGAAUAGCUAAGAUUACAAUGCAUUCUGGGUUAGCGUAUAUGAUGAUGUAUGAAUGCCUUAAAUAAUUAAUUUGA